AUGACUCCAGCAUCCCAGCGCCUCGUCGCCAUCCUGGAUGUCGAUAAAGAGCUCGAGAGCUGCCGUACGCAGCUGAGGAAGGAGUGGGCGGACGCCUACGGGUGGCUCCUUGACAUGGGAUUCAUCGAACGCUCGGACCCCAACUCUCCUCCUGAUCCUUUCGCUCCAGGACAGAAACUCACUCCCCGCGGGUACGCGUGCGCGGCUUUCGCAGACGGCUAUCCUCUUGUCCUCGGGACGGUGGUGGCGGACGGGGGGCUGGAGCAUCUGACACUAGCAGAGAUCGCCUCCUGGUUGUGCUUGUUCCUCCGCGAAGGAAGAUCGCGCGGUCCACCAGGGCGGGACGGCAGGAACAAAGAAAGCAUGCUCCAGCUACCUGAACCUUCUCCUGCUCUCCUCGAGACUUUUGACUACACCGACGAACUUGCUUACCACUUCGAGGCGGUCAUGCGAGUCAUCUCCUACAUGGAAGUUCUCAAGGAUGUCCUGCUGGGCCUUGGCUUCUACGAGAUGUGGGCGCAUCCAAUCAGCAACUCUCCUGCUUCGACAUGA